ACCCAGACAACCACAAAACGAAUGUAACAAAAUGCUGCUACAAUUCGCUGUGAAGUUCAUUUGUUGUGAGUUGAAAAAGUUGAAAACGAAUUUAACGAUGUUUUUAAUAUUCUUCUGGAUUAUAUGGUUCUCACAAAUAAUAGCCAUAUCAACGGUAUUUAUGAGCUUUCCAGAGAUCAUAACGGAGCUGCCAACUGUCACAGUUACGGAGCUGCCGCUGGAUCGCCUCAAGAAUCGUCUGGAAUCUGUUAUACUCGAGGAGAUACAGUCACCGACGAGCAACAAAAGCGAGGAGCAACAACAACAGCAGGAGCAGGAGGAGCAAACGCUGCAGCCACUGUUUGAGGCAGUCAAGGAAGUGCCUCAGAAGGAUGAACAAAUGCCGAAAAUCAAUGAUCCCGGUGGAGGCUAUGAUCUGGAUGGAUUGGUUGCAUCAGCAGAGGCUCUGGGCGCUGCAGGAGAUGACGGCACUGGGAAUGGGACCAGCGAAGAGCAGCAAACUGGAGGAGUAGCAGGAGUUGCAGAGGGAACAACAAAUGACACAAUGGCCCCAAAGGCAAAUCUGACUAAAGCGAAUGAAGAGGUGCCCAUGCCCGUGUUCUCCGAGUGGGCGCAAAAGCAAAUGGAGGCGGAAGCGAGUCGCGAGCAGGCCAUGGAGCUGGAACAGCAGGUGGCCAAUAAUUCAGCACAGCGAAGGAACAACACGGGAUCGGCGAGUGGCAAACCAUCGACACUGAAGCUGCGCUCCAAGAACUAUGCCUCGCCCGAUUGUGGUGCGAAGAUCAUUGCCUCGAAUGGCGAUGCCACCAACACAGGCGCCGUGUUGACCCAAUCCAGCGAUGAGUACAUGCUGAGCACGUGCGGCAGUCGCAUUUGGUUCGUCGUGGAGCUGUGCGAGGCCAUACAAGCCCAAAAGGUGGAACUGGCCAACUUUGAGCUGUUCAGCUCAUCGCCCAAGAACUUUACGGUGGCCGUUUCGAAGCGAUUUCCCACACGCGACUGGAGCAAUGUGGGACGCUUUGCGGCGGAGGAUAAGCGCACGGUGCAGACGUUUGAGUUGCAUCCACAUUUAUUUGGGAAAUUCGUACGCGUGGACAUACAUUCGCACUACUCCAAGGAGCAUUUCUGUCCCGUUUCGCUGUUCCGUGUGUUUGGCACCUCCGAGUUUGAGGCAUUCGAAACGGAGAUACGUCCCAGCGAUGAGAUGGAUGACUUUGAUGAUGAUUUUGAGCAGGGCAGCAGCCACAAAGGCAACGCUGGCGGCGGCGGCGGUGGUGGGAUCUUUCAAAGCGCCUCCGAUGCGGUCAUAUCAAUGGUCAAGAAAGCCGCCGAAGUGCUGGUGAAACCCACAAAGGCAUUUAAAUGGUCCGCAGAGUCGCUGCUCUGCCGGACGCCCACUUUUGGCUCCUUUAGCUGUGCCAGCUGCAACUCUACGCUGGUGCAGCGUAUCAACAGUCUGCUGUCGUGUCAGUUUCAGCAGCUCCAAGGGCUGCUCAAUCACAGUCAACUGCGGGCGGAUCUGCUGCAGAGUGGCGUGUGCCAGGAGGAGUAUGGCAUUGGCCUGUGGAGCAGCAAUCAAUCGAGUGGCCUGGCCAAGCGGCAGAGUUACUUUCUGAGCAUGCUGCCAGCGGAGCAUGUGGGUGCCAUGUGCAAGCUGCUCCAGGCAGAGCAAAACAACACCGUGGAUCAGCAGUUGGAAGCGACACCAGAACUGAAGCCGCCGCCAGAGCCAGCGCAGGAGAAUGCCACAGCGGCAACAGAGACGAGGAGCAGCAGCAGCAGCCAGCAGGAAUUGAUUGUAGAAAAACCCAUGGAAAACCAAGCAAGCCUCGAAAUUGUAACGCCCGAGGCUGUGGAUAGCCAAGAGCUGCCCUCAAUCGGGGAACAAUCCCAGCCCUCAGCGACCGCAACUGCCGCCACAACGAACUCCACGCCCGCAGAUGUGAAUAUAUUCAAUGUGCCCGCAGAGCUGGAGGAACUGGAGCUGCCUGUGGCGCCCACCCAGCCAACAGUCUCCUCGGCACCUGUUACACCCACUCUGGUGGAGUCGCCCAGCGAUGUGGAAGCCACAACAAUGGCGCCCAGCUCCAGCGAAUUGCCGCACAACGCUGAACUGGCCAUCGAGGACAGCAAUCCCGCCAAUUGGGAGAGUCUGGACAAUCUGUUGACCACCACAGUGGCCUCCAUAACCGCAGGAGGUAGUGCAGCCGCUGCCGCUGCAGCAGCCGUGGCGGGCAAUGGAAAUGGGAACCAUUUGGGUGUAGGCGUUGGCGUAGGCACUGCCGGAGCUGGAGCAGGCGGCAUUGGAUCCAAUGUGAAUCUGCAACAGAAGCUAACGAAUGGCGCGCAGUCGGAGAGUGUAUUCAUACGCCUCUCCAAUCGCAUCAAGGCGCUCGAGAGGAACAUGUCGCUGUCUGGGCAGUAUCUGGAGGAGCUGUCGCGCCGCUACAAGAAGCAGGUGGAGGAGCUGCAGCAGACGCUUACGCAACAGACGCUGACGGUGCGCUCGCUGGAGGACCAGAGCAGGCGAUACAUCGAGCAGGAGCAGCUCUACCAGCAGCAAAGUGCCGAGCUGGCCGGCGAGGUGCGUGCGCUGAGCUACCAAGUGCAGGCCUGCAUUCUCGUCAUCAUCAUUGUGGGCAGCUUUAUCUUUCUGAUGCUCGUGCUGGGCACUGUCUACUACCGCAAGUUGCGCCGCCAGACGCAGCAGCUCAAGGAGGAUCAGCCAUCCAGCCAGGCUAGGGCAGCCAAACCGAAGCUGGAUCGUCGCAAAUCCUACGAACAGAUGCUCAACCAGCCCUCGCCCAAGCAGCGCCGACCCAGCGAGGAGGCAAUGCUCAUACUGAAGGACUGCGGCGAUAGCCAGCAUGUGGGUGGCUGCCAGGAGCUGGCCAGCAGGCAGCGCAAGAUAUCCGUGUGCUAUGGCAGCAACAACAACAUUGCUGCCAAUAUGAUGAGUGGAAAUCCCAAUCUACGAGCCUCGCUGCAUCGCCGCAAGGGCGCGAAACAUUCGUGGCACAACAGCUUGGACACGACGGAGAUGCAAGCCAGUGCCGGCGAGCAGCUGGACACGUUCUUCGAUGCGGACACUCUAAAGAGCCUGAAGCAGCAGCCGUCGUCAUCGUUGUCGGGUGGUAUGAAGGCCAGCAAAAAGAAGUCGCUGCAACAGCAGUUGGCGCUCAAGCGGCAGGAGUCGGCGCCGGCUAGCAUGAUGCAGAAUGAGCUGGCCCUGGAGGAGGAGCCCACAUCGCAGAGCGAUUUCGAUGAGAGUCUAAUGCUGGACGAUGAUGAUUUGGCCAACUUUAUACCCACCAGCGAUCUGGCCUACAACGAGUUCAUGCCAGAGGGUCCCUCCGGCUACCUCGUGCUGGAUGCGGUCGAUGGCAAGUCCAAUGGCGCGGAGCAGCCGCAGCUGCAGAAGCAGGCAACCAAGAAGUCGCGAAGGCUGUCCUCGCCUGCCUUCUUCAAGUCGCCGUUCAGCAAGAGCAAGAACAAGGGCGGCAGCUUCAAUGGCUUUGGCGGCAUCAAGAACAGCCAUUCGGUGCACGAGUCCACCUCAUGGGAGUGGUAUCGCCUGAAGCGCAGCGAGAAGCAGCAACAGCAGCAGCCGCAUCAUCAUUCAAAGCAGACCAAAAGUCUGCCCAAUUCCAGCCUGGAUAGCUCCUCGCUGUCCGAGGUGAAUUUUCCACUCAAUUCGAACUCCAAUUCGACACAAAACUCAUUUCGCAUACUCGGCGAGGCCAUACGCUCCUCGGGGGAGUGCAGCAGCAUAACACCGAAUGGUAAUGGCCAAGCGGGUGGCAGCAGCAGCGGCAGCAACAGCGGCGGCAGCACCACCUCCUCCACCACGAAGAAGAAGCAGCGCGCUUUUAAUAAUUUAUUUCGCAAAGUUUUUUGAGACCUUUCUUGCUAUAUUUUAAAGCCCAGUGUUCACCAUGGAGAGAGCCGUUGAUAAAUAAAUUGUUAUAUAUUUGUUUUGGUAGAAAAGUAUGAAAAGUGGCCCCCAAUUUCAGUUCCUUUUAAAUGACUGCAACGAGAAACAACAAAUUCUAGUACUUACUUCUAUUUUGUAAACCUUUUCUAGCAACGAACUUUGUGCUGUUGCCUGCUAGCAGCCGAAAAACCUAAACCCAAACGAAGGCAACUUUUGUCUACGAAAAAUCGUUUAACUGAAAUAAUUUAAUUACGAAACUUAAGUUGAUAAAUGUACGCUAAAUAUGUAUGUAUACGUUUAUGUAUGUGUAAUUCCAUGCCUCGUUAUUCUUGCUAUCUGAAAAUCCCUUACUUUAAUUUGAUGAAAGCGAAAAAACAUUUUGCAAUACGUUUUCUUUUGCCACAUUUAGCAAUUUUGUUAUUAUUAGCAAUUCUACAAUACAAUUAGUUAAUAGUUUAGCUUUUUAAUUUAUAACUAAAAUACACUUAACAUUUAUUUAAAAAAC